AUGAAAUGGUAUAUACAAGGGUUGGUGUUUGGAUACCUCAGUGCCCCCCAAAGAACUGGGAGGCUAGGUCGUGGUCUGGAGAUGGUAGACGGCCAUCAGGAGCACUCCAUGCAACUGGGUUGCCUCACUCGAUCGAGCUUGCGGCUCCUCCUCUUCUCUUCUUCAUCUUCAAAGUGUGUGGCUCCCUUGGCCUUGGUGGAGCUGUGCUUGCUCGAAGCUGUUGUAGGGGUCCAGUUGGUCUGGGAGAAGUCCUGGUACUGCGUUGAUCGUACUCGAAUCCAGGGUUCUCAAACAGGGGCUCCUCCAGGUCAACUCGACCCUCAGCUCGAUCGAGUUGAGUUUCCUCUGUUUGGACUCGAUCGAGUCCGGUGGUCGAGCUGGAGCGUCUGGCCUUGGAAGUCUUCCUCCUUCUCUGCGUGUUGUCUUCUCCUUCCCUUGGCUCGAAAGAAGAGGCUCUGUGAGGCUCUUGGGCAGGGAGCCUCCUUGGAGUGCCACAACAGAGGGGUUCAUCCUUGGAGCCUCAUACUCCUCAAAGUAAUAGCACUCAGGCUCACCCAAAUCCGCACUCUCCUGGACUCGAUCUUCAGCUUGAUCUCAGCUCGAUCCUCAGCUCGAUCGAGCUCAGGCUCCUCUUCUCGCAAAUCCCUUCAUGCCCAACUAAGUGUACACAGGGGGUCUGAAGUCAAUGUUCUACCCCUAGACCGUGGUGAGCUCAGGGUUGGGCAGGAGAAGCUUGGAGGGUCCAGCCAAUGGAUGGUGAACUUGAAUUGGAAUCUCCCAUCCAACUCCUUGUGCUCAAUGAGGAGGUUGGUCUUGCAAAACUUGAUGUCCAUCCAACCUGGAGUAGCCUUCUCUUGUUUACUCCAGCUGCACAGAGAUAGGUGUGAUGACCCUCCAACACUUAGCUUCUUCCCUUUGAUGCCUAGUGUUGUAGGCUGUGUCUUGUAG